AUGCGCGAUAGAAGCAAGAGCCGGGACAACUUGCGUAUUGACUCGCCAACGUCUCCUUUGUACAAUAUUCCCGUCCAGAAGAAGACAAGUCCAUUCAAAGCAGUUGAUAAGUUCAUUUUCUUGGACCCUAAGUAUCGCCCCCAGAAAGAAGCUGUUCCGUCGCUCGGAAAACAGACCAUUCUCGCCACUAUAGACAACAAAACGUUUACAGCAAUAUCAAUACCUGACAUGUCGUCAGUUGCCAAGGUGAAAUCGGUCGUAGCUACUGAGCUGGGUCUGGAUGUUCACAAUAUUGUGGUCCAUCUUACGGAGUUUGGCUGUCAAAAGGGCCAGGCACUUGAGGAUUCUAUGCUCCAUGAUGUUUUACAUACUUCUUAUUCUCAUCAGAUGUCAGAUUGUAUAAAACUGUUUGUGUCCUCGACAUCUUCUUCUCUUUCAGAUCCACACAAAUCAUCCAGUAGCCUGUCACUAUCCGAUCUAUCGCCUCAGAAUGAGCCUUUCCAAUUUCUCAAUACCCCGUCGCAUAUGUUACACGAUGGCGGGAACUCGGCUAAUACAGAUUAUUUCAAGAUUAAUACACAGAAUCAGCAAGAGAAGGUCAAAUCUCCAGUUAAAAUCCAUGUUUCUUCAGACUCGAAUGCUCCAACUAUCAGGUUAGUGCCUCAUGAGGGCGAUUCUGGUGGUACUAAUCCUGGCGGUGUUGCAACUGGAACUGCUACUACUACAGCUUUGAAUGAACAGCAGACUGGUGUUCCUAAAACUCAAUAUCGACCUUCUGAUGAUUCGUUUAAGGUUAUCAGACCAGCAAGGAGAGAGAUUAAUUUCGACGACCGUAGGCCAUCUCCAUAUGAACGUAAAGCGUCGUCCAAUCUUGUUGCACUUCGUGAUCCGCCUCCACCGCCAGUCAGCAGAUCGCAAUCAAUUAAGAGUCUGACUCGUUCUCAGUCUAUAAAGAGUGUUACCUCUUUAAAGAGACAAGGCACGGUAGAUAAGAAAAAUAGUUCAUCUCUUUCAAAAGAAGCCAAGACUAGUGUUGGUACACCUCCUCCAACAUCGCAAUCAAGCUUGUCAGCAGCUACAAAACCUGCUUCUUCUACACCUCCGAACACUAAAGUCACACUCAAUACGAAGGACGUUCCUCCAAAUACAUCUGUUAAGACUUAUAGUCCUGGUCAGAGCGAGACUCUCAUUCCAAUGCCAUAUGUGGGUAAUACCUCGCAAAACGCUGUAGCUAGGAAACCGGUUAGAAAGGGAUCUGAUUCGCUGACUGGUUCUAGGUCACCUAGUACGCUUUCUGUAAACACAUCCAUGCUAACACCCAAUGAAGGGAACAGUAAUAGCAGUUCAAGUGACAACGGGACAAUGGUACCCAUAUUUAAGAUGCCAGAAUUUGGCCGUCCCAGUCCUCUUGGCCCAUCAACUGAAAAGUCAAUGGGUCCAGAUGAAAAGUUUGCGGAAAAUGAGAUUUCCUUUGAAGGAGCACCUGCUUUUGACGAUGACGACGAUGAUGAUUCUUCAGAUGAUGAUGGUUUGUGGGCCAAGAAACCACCGACAUUGGUUGAACCUAAACCAGAGCUUCAUGUCGAAACCACCAGCUCUCCAGUUAGCCACCCGGCUUUGUCUCCAGUCACCCCUUAUAAGUCGUCAUCUACUAUAGCAUCUCCAGUAAGGAUUGUGGAUGAAUAUGGAACUUCAUGGGCCGUACGACCUCCACCAGAAGUUGUGUACGAUAACAUGGAUCGAUUCUUUCCAAAUACUGAUUUGGAUCAGCCAAUUAUUGAUGAUGAUCCACUUUCUCCCAUUGCCAGUUCAGCAGUGGAGACAGAGAAUGCAACACUCACGACGUCUGGCGGACUUGCACCAGUAACUGAGCCCAAGGAAUCACCUGUUCAUCAGAGUAAACCUUGGAGGAUACAACCUGUAAAGAUAAGAGAGCAACGAGCAGCCAAACCAACUGCCGCUGCUGCUGCUGCUUCUGCUGCCACCACGCUACCAGCAUCUACUCAGCAAGAUACAGAACGUAAACUGUCUGUGGCAGAGGCUAUAACUUCAGAUGCUCACAAUGGCCCGACUGUCACCAACUCUAAAUUCCCCGCAGCAAAAUUAAGAGUUCCAACUAGAAUGAAAUCACUGCGUAUUGUAGCUCGAGAAGCUAGCGAAGCGCGAAAGCGAUUCUCGUCAGCAAACGCUUCUGGUCUCCCUACCAGCGGCGCACUAUUACGUCGAAAGAGCACCAAAAUGUGGGGCCAGAAAGUGGUUGAAAUGAAGCCAAAUGAGAUUCGUGAUGGAAAUCUCAGUACGCUUCGUGAUCAAAAGGGCGAAUUCAAGCAGUUUGUAUGGGUCAAGGGUGAGCUUAUUGGAAAAGGCACAUUUGGCAAGGUAUAUUUGGCGCUCAAUGCGACAACAGGCGAAAUGAUGGCAGUAAAGCAAGUCGAAGUUCCUCAAAGUAUAAGUGAUAAAGAUAGCGAGCGUCAGAAAGAGGUUGUUGGGGCGCUUCACUCGGAAGUUGAGACUCUUAAAGACCUGGACCAUCUCAAUAUUGUGCAGUAUCUUGGGUUUGAAGCUCUUCCUGACGUGUACAACCUAUUUCUUGAAUAUGUUCCUGGUGGAUCAGUAGGACGAUGCUUGCGAAUGUAUGGCAGGUUCGAAGAACCUAUUAUCAAAUCCCUUACUCACCAGGUUCUUGAUGGACUUUCAUACCUUCACUCACGAGGCAUCCUUCAUAGAGUAAGUAAGAGUACCAUGGGAUUUGUGAGAUUCAUGUGCAAUUCUCUAUGGUUUGACAUCUUGCGCAAUGAUAUUAUCAAAUACUAA